GCCGGGUAUAAAAAGACGGGCCUGGAUAUUGUCAAAGCAUCAGUUGCCCAUUCGACUUUGUUUCCAGCAACAACUAUUUAUCCACCUCAAUCCCAAUCAACAUGAAGUUCUUGGUUAUCCUCGCAUUCGUCGCUGUUGCAUCAGCUGCUUCUCCUCCGGCCUACCCUGCUCCGGCUUACCCUGCUCCGGCUUACCCUGCUCCGGCCUACGGCAAGACCUACGAUUACCCCGCCCAACCCUACACUUUCGGCUAUGACGUCAACGAUGCUCCAUCUUACAACAACUUUGGCCACCAGGAGGCCGCCGACGGUAAAGUCGUGUCCGGAUCUUACCGCGUCGAACUUCCCGACGGACGCACUCAGGUGGUCACCUACAAGGACGACGGCUACGGUUUGAUUUCCACCGUCAAAACCGAAGGAACCAUCAAGGCUUACGACUACAAACCGGCCUACAAGCCAGCCUACCCGGCCGCCUACCCCGCAAAGUACUAAUAAUAAUCACGAAUUCAACGAUAGGAUUCACGUUCACUUGAUGCGGUUGACAUAUUCUAGUUCCUGUCUAUACAUAAUACUUUAUACCAAUGGAUAUUUAGGCUCAUAACUGUAUGCGUCAGAAAAUGAAUACAGAUCAAAUCUAUAAUUUAACAACAA